AUUGCUCCCACGCGGCUAUCCAGACAGGAACCUCGCCUCCGGACACCCUCACUCCUGGCGAGGGCGGGAAGCCGAGCUCUGUGAGGACUCUCGGCCGAGGUGGGCCGCGCGGCAGGGACCCCCGAGAGACGGACCGCGCGCCCGCCCGGAAAGACCAAAUCUCCCCAAACGCAGAGACACCGAAUGCCGUCGUCCUGGAAACCGACUCAGUGGAGGGGACCCGGACGCCCCUCGUGAGACGCCCCAACCCCCCUCAGCCGCGGCGGCCUGACCCUCCCCCCCCCCGGGACGCGGAGUGUCCUCCGCCCGGAAGACGCAGAUCGAGUCCUGAGGGACCCCGAGCCUCUCAGUCCGAGAGACGGCGGUCUGCCUGCCGGACACUGCGCCGGCGCCUCGUGCGGGCUUCUCCGGGCCCUUCCCCGGGAGAAGCGCGGUUCCUGGCAUUUCCUGGCGCCGCCACAGGCCCGCCAACGGGGUCCCUGAGACUCCUGGGUCGCGUCUGCGGAGCCCGCGCCGAGGCGCCACGUCUCAUGGGCCCACGACUCGGCUUUCCUGUGUCACCGCCGCAGACAGGCCACCGAAGCUCCAGGAGGGGACCACUGAGGACUCGAAUGAAGAACGGGCUCCGAGGCAGCAAGUCAAACCUUCUUGGGUGGCCUUCAGAAGGGAACACAGUAAACACCAGAAGAACACAGGAGAAAGGAGAUGGACAUGAAGAUGUACAGCCUACGAGAAAGAAAGGGCCAUGUGUACCAAGAGAUUGUGAGAAGUGUCAGAACUUCUUCAUUGACAGCUGUGCUGUGCAUGGGCCCCCUACAUUUGUAAAGGACAGUGCAGUGGACAAGGGGCAUCCCCACCGCUCAGCCCUCACCCUGCCCCCUGGAUUGAGAAUCGGGCCAUCGGGCAUCCCUGAGGCUGGGCUUGGAGUGUGGAAUGAGGCAGCUGACUUGCCAGUGGGUCUGCUCUUUGGCCCUUAUGAAGGACACAUCACAGAAGAUGGAGAGGCAGCCAAGAGCAGAUACUCCUGGCUGAUCGCCAAAGGGAGAAACUGCUAUGAGUAUGUGGAUGGGAAGGACAGAUCCUGGGCCAACUGGAUGAGGUAUGUGAACUGUGCCCGGGAUAAUGAAGAGCAGAACCUGGUGGCCUUUCAAUACCACAGGCAGAUUUUCUACCGAACCUGCCGGGUUGUCGUGCCGGGCUGUGAGCUGCUGGUCUGGUUCGGGGAUGAGUAUGGCCAGGAGCUGGGCAGCAAGUGGGGCAGCAAGUGGAAGAGAGAGCUGGCAGCUGGGAGAGAACCAAAGCCAGAGGUACACCCUUGUCCCUCCUGCUCUCUGGCCUUCUCCAGUCAGAAAUUCCUCAGUCAGCACUUGAAAGUCAAUCAUCCCUCUCAGAUUCUCCUGGGAACAUCUGCUAGAAAACACCUCCAAGCAGAGGACCCUGUCCAGAGGAUCAGAAUCAGCAGCAGCAACAUACUAGUACACACAGCUGGAAUGAUAAAGCUGAAGGUCAGGAAGUCAAAGAAAGGUCCAAACCUUUGCUUAAAAGGAUCAGUCAGAGGAGACUCUCAAGACCCUUUUCCCAACCUUCCAAAGAACAAAUGAAGAACUCCAGUGAGCAUGAGAGAAUGAUGGAGGAAGAGCCCUGUAGAGGCCAGGAAGAGAGUCCAGAGGGCACAGGCAAGUUAUUUGUGAAAGUAGGAAUGUCAAGAAUUGUAACAAUCGAGCACAGAAGGUGUUGGCAAGGCUUCAGUGAUGGGUCACAUCUCAUCACACACCAGAGCACACACUCAGGGGAGAAGACCUAUAUUUGCAGGGAGUUUGGGUGAGGCUUUACCUGGAAGUCAGUUCUCAUCAGACACAAGAGGACACACUUUGGGGAGAAGCCCUAUGUUUGCAGGGAGUGUGGGUGAGGCUUUACCUGGAAGUCAGUUCUCAUCAGACACAAGAGGACACUCAGGGGAGAAGCCCUAUGUUUGCAGGGAGUGUGGGCGAGGCUUUACACAGGAAGUCACAUCUCAUCACACACCAGAGGACACACUGGGGAGAAUCCCUAUAUUUGCAGGUGGAGUGAAUGAAUCAUUACCAUUAAAUUACAUGUCAGUAGCCCUAAGAAGUCUAUGGAACCUUACUCUCCCCAAGAUUGUAAUUAGUACAGAAGUAACUGGUUAAACAAACCCUGCAGUUUCAUGAC